CCUCAGACCCCUGACCCGCCUGCCCUGCCAAGCAAAGAUUCUGCAUGGGAAGACCUCUGAGUGAGAACUCAGCUGCUUCUUUUUUUUCUUAAACUUCUUACUUUUUGCCUGCUUAUGGGAUCUUAGUUCCCCAACCAGGGAUCGAACCCAUGUCCCCUGCAGUGGAAGCGCAGAGUCUUAACCAGUGGACCCCCGAGGAAGCCCCAAGAACUCAGCUUUAGGAAGAGAAAUGGAAACCAGAAACAGGGCGGGGCUCUCUGGCUGGAGACUGAUCGCAUGUGCCGACAGCCACACCUGGGCUUCGCUGCGGAGCAUUCAUGCUGUUUCAUAGCCUGUCGGGGAGGUGGGCCCUGCGGGUCCCGGCGCUGAUGUUCCCCCAGGGUGCUAACACAUACCACCCCGACCCCCAGAGCCUGUGGGUGCCACACGCACCCAGGGCCUCAGGCUGGCUCCACACUGCCCUCCACAGCCGCCCUGGUUGGCCUGGAGCAUUGGAUCUGUUCCUCUCAUUCACCCAUGAAACUAGCAGCCCUCACGCCCCCAACAGCUGGGGUACGGGCGCUGAGUCCCCAGGUGACCUUGACAAAUUAAAUAAGAGUUGUGACCUUUUUAAGGUCAGGCUGCACUUAAACGGGGCCGCGUUCACAUCCAUGCAGACAGGUUUCUACAGAAACGGGAGGAAACGACGGUGGGACACCACCUGGGGCCCACGGGAUCCCACCGACCACAUGCAGGAGGGGAUCCGAGCCCAGACCCGGGCACGGGAGACGGGACAGCGCUCGGGAGCAGCCAGCGGCCAGGCUGCCGUGAAGGGUGCCAAGCGUGGGCUGCCGCCCCGGCUCACUGGAGCAGCACCUGAUUUUUGCAGAUUUGAGCUCUCACGCCCGCUCCCCACUCCCCCUCCCCUGCCCUCUGGGAGCUGCUGAGGCAGGCGGAUGGAGGAGC